AUGGCGACUAAAGCCAUCCAUGGGAACUCGCAAUUCCAGAUGUCCUCCUAUCUACGCUGGACGUGGGAUUCAUUUGGUGGAGGGUACCAUACUGAAAUUGACCACAUCAUCGUCAGCAGAAGACUCUGGCUGGUGGGUGUAGCUGUUGUGCCAAAGUGUUACAGGGGACCGAACCAUCGCGUUCUCAGGGAAAGAACUCCUUUUACCCGGAGAGAACAGAAAGCCGCUAAGUUCAGAGAGCGAAGUCCCAGAACUACCGUUGACUGGGAUCUCUUCGCUACGCUAGCCGGCUCUUGGGAAGAUUCAAUGGACAGAAUUGACGAUGAAUGCGACCAGGUCGUAGAACAUCUUCGUGACUGCACGAGGAGAGCUCAGAGUUCUAAAAACUUCAAGAGACGCUUGCUUUUGGAAACUCUAGAUCUUUUACAGUAA